AUGGACUGGAUUCAUUGCAAUCGGUGCUUUCGGCCGUUUGUCACUGCUCUUUCGUCCGCUGGUUCCUCUGGGAAUGAGCGACCAUUGCAUCUUCAACCACAACCACAGGUUCGGCAGUCCUUGGCUGCUACUGGAGAUGCCAUCCGCUCGUCGCAACACGCUUCAGCGGAGGCAGCCGCUGCAGCGCCGUCGUUCCACCUGACCAGCUGCGGGCACAUUCUCUGCGUUGCGUGUCUGACUGAAGCGACGGCCGCAGCGGCUGCAGGCUUACAUCAAGCAUCGGGCGAGACCACCAAUCCGCACGUCGCGCGAGGCAGCUCAAGGAACGGCACUCAUCUCAAGUGUCCAAUCUGCUCCGAGGAUGCAACAUGCAUGGAGCUCAACGAUGAGAUGCCACCCGAGUUGCGUCGACUCUACAUUGAACCGGCCAAGCUCAUGGCCUUCUACACGGAGCGUGUGUGCGAAGUCAUGCGCUUUCAAGACCAGCAUCGGAUGAUGUAUACAGAGUUUCUCGAGCAGAGCCUGGCCAUCAAGCAGCGCCAAAUGCAACAGGCGCGCGUCAAGCUCGAACAGGCGCACCAGCUCGAUCGAGAACUGACGGAAGCUCGGUCGCGCAUUCGAGACUUGGAAGCUCAGAUUCGAGCAGAAGAUGCACUAGGUGCGGCAGGAUUGGCGGAUGUCAGACAGUCGCCAGGGCCGGCUCCAGGUCCGUUGCAACUCUUCACUCCUCGCUCGGUGAUGCCUCCAAGCCAGCACGCUGACACGGCGCAUUCCUUGGUGACUCCGGCUCGUCGAACCGCUCCAAACUUUGCUCAACGGGUUCCGAUGGCCCUUCAAAAUGCCACUCCUGUCCCUCACUUGCUGCGAUCCAUCUCUCCAAUGGCGCCUGCGCAUGCGGGUGUUGGAAAGUCACCACGUUCUCGCGGUGAAUGGAGUCCGAUACCUCAAGCGCCCAUCACAAGUGGUCCGAUUCAUCAAGUCACUCCACAUCACUCGCGCGCCUCCCCACAGAUUCCCGCGGCGCCAGCUCGAUUGACAUUGCGAAACAUUCCCUCGUUGGCACCCGCAGGAGUAGCAGACGCGCAGUCGGAUGCCACCAGCAUCUCUACCCCGCCUCAGGAUUCCCACCAACGCCAUUUUUCUUGA